AGAGGGGGAGGGGUGUGGCCUGUGGCUGGGUUUGUCAAGUUGCAGUGGCGCGGAGAGAGCUCUGCAAAACAAGAGGCUGAGGAUUGCGUUAGCGGUAAACCAGUUCACGCCGGAGCCCUAGGGAGGAAGCGUCUCGGUCAGAGUCGGCCGCUGUACAGGAUUCUUGAGGAAAAGCUCGCACCAGGCCGCGCCGCCAUGGGCAAGGGAGACCCCAACAAGCCGCGGGGCAAGAUGUCCUCGUACGCCUUCUUCGUGCAGACCUGCCGCGAGGAGCACAAGAAGAAGCACCCCGACUCCUCGGUCAACUUCGCCGAGUUCUCCAAGAAGUGCUCGGAGAGAUGGAAGACUAUGUCUGCCAAGGAAAAGUCCAAGUUUGAAGAUAUGGCAAAGAGUGAUAAAGCUCGCUAUGACAGGGAGAUGAAAAACUACGUUCCUCCCAAAGGAGGUGAUAAGAGAGGAAAGAAGAAAGAUCCUAACGCUCCUAAAAGACCGCCAUCUGCCUUCUUCCUGUUUUGCUCUGAACAUCGCCCAAAGAUCAAAAGCGAACACCCAGGCCUGUCCAUUGGAGACACUGCGAAAAAAUUGGGUGAAAUGUGGUCUGAGCAGUCAGCCAAAGAUAAACAACCAUAUGAACAAAAAGCAGCUAAGCUAAAGGAGAAAUACGAAAAGGAUAUUGCUGCAUACCGUGCCAAGGGCAAAAGUGAAGCAGGAAAGAAGGGUCCUGGUAGGCCAACAGGCUCAAAGAAGAAGAAUGAACCAGAAGAUGAGGAGGAGGAGGAGGAAGAGGAGGAAGAGGAGGAGGAAGAAGAGGAAGAUGAAGAAUAAGUGGCUGUCCUGUAAUGGCAUGUGGAGUAUAUAUGUGCUCAGGCAAUUGUUUUGCUAAGAAUGUGAAUUCAAGUGCAGCUCAACAUUAGCUUCAGUAUAAAAACUGUACAGAUUUUGUAUAGCUGAUAAAAUUCUUUGUAGAAAAAAAUACUUUUUUUAAAAAAUUCAGGUUGUAGCUUUUUGAGGGGCUACUACAGUUAGAUUUUAAAGCUUUUGAUGUUGAAUGUUCCUAAAUAUUUAAUGGUUUCUUUCAUGUGUAUGGUAGCACAGCAAAUUUGCAGGAACCUAGUACCAAUAGUAUGUUUUGGGUUUUUUUAGGAUGUUGCAUUUUGUUGUUUUUUUUUUUUUUAAAUUUGUAAUAAAAUUAUGUAUAUUAUA